AAGAUGACCACAGUGGCCCCACUGGGAGGUGCCACCUUCCCAGGAAAUGAGACCGCGAUGUCCACAGAAGACUUCCUCUAUAAGAGUUCGGGAGCCAUUGUAGCAGGCAUUGUCGUUGGCGUCAUCAUCAUCUUCACCGUGGUGCUCAUCUUGCUAAAAAUGUACAACAGAAAAAUGAGAAUGAGACGGGAAUUGGAACCCAAGAGCCCCAAGCCCACCUCCCCAGCAUCUUCCACGGGCCCGCCCGGCAACAACAGCGUCAGCCAGCCCACCACCGUCACAUUCAUUCCUGUCGACAUCCACAUGGAGAAUCGAUGA